CACUUUGAGAAGAGACUCUGUGGGGAUGGAGCUGUUUUCAUGUGGAGUCCUGCUGUUGGCCUUAACGCUUACAGGAAGCAACGCACAGCUCGAUGUUUGUGGACAAGCUCCACUUAACACCAAGAUUGUAGGAGGCCAGGAUGCUCCUGCGGGAGCGUGGCCCUGGCAGGUCAGUCUGCAAGCAUCCGGUCGCCACUUCUGCGGAGGCUCCCUGAUCAACAAUGAAUGGAUCCUGACUGCUGCUCACUGUUUCCCCAACACCCCAUCAAGACUGACUGUUCACCUCGGAUACGAGUCACUGCAAAGCACUAAUACUAAUGGGGUUUCCCGGUCAGUGUCACGGAUAAUCAAACAUUCACAAUACAACUCCAACUCCAACGACAAUGACAUCGCACUGCUGCGGCUGUCCUCAACUGUUGACUUCACGGACUACAUCCGACCUGUGUGUCUGGCGGAGGAGGGCAGCGUCUUCCCUGCAGAGACGACCACCUGGGUCACCGGCUGGGGCAACAUCCGAGACGGCGUUUCCCUUCCUUCCCCUGGGACUCUACAGGAGGUGAGCAUCCCUAUCGUGUCCAACACCGACUGUAACGAUGCCUACAAUGGUAGAAUCACAAGCAACAUGAUGUGUGCCGGCGUGACUCGGGGAGGAAAGGACUCCUGCCAGGGUGACUCUGGAGGCCCACUGGUGGUUAAAAACAGCUCCGUUUGGGUCCAGGCUGGAGUGGUGAGCUUUGGGAUAGGCUGCGCUCAGCCCAAUUUCCCAGGAGUCUACACUCGGGUAUCACAGUACCAGUCCUGGAUCAACAGACAGAUCACCUCCAACCAGCCGGGCUUCAUCACCUUUGUGCCCUCCUCGGCUCACUUCAUCUACCUCUCAGUUCCUCUGCUGCUCUCCCUCCUCCCCAUCCUCUUCUCUCGCUUUGUCCUCUCAUAGGAAUGCAUCAUUUCUGCUGAACAUCACUGGAAAAACUGUAUUUUCAUCAUCAGUUUCUCAGACAACAGAAAAAUGUUCCCUGAAGGCUCAAAAGUUCACACUUGUUUCCAGUUCACUUUGCUGUUUUGAUAACAUUAGACAAACCGGGAAUCCUGGGAAUGUUUGGUUUUAUUUCUGUUUGUCAAGUCAUUAAAACAGCUUAAAAAACAACAAAUCCCCCCCCAAAAAGAUUGAUUACUUCCUUUAAAAACAAUGCUUACAUGAACUUAACUGCAGAAUAAUGACCCUUAAACUUUUAAGUAUCACUGAUUAACAAUGCAUAUUUAUAAAAAAUAAAAUAUUUUACGUCAAUAGAGCCUGAGCACUGUUGUAAAUACAUUUAUUUUGAAAAAGAAAAUCAGUCUUUAAAUGAUUUCAAAGAACAAUUUGAAAAAAGCUUUAGCAGAAUUAUUUUAUAUUUGAUUAAUGUUUUCGUUGAAUUAAAACUGUGCCAUCCAUCACUUUCUAUUUAUAUAUAUAUAUAUAUAUAUAUAUAUAGCAAAUAAUAAUUUAAUUUAAAAACCCCAGUAUGAUAGACUACAUCAAAAGGAAGAAAUUAGCAAUGCCGUAUAAUAACUACAACAACUCUUAUCUUGAAUAUGUUUGGAUAAAACACUGGUGUAAAAAAAACUAUUAAGAUUAAGAUUUUAAAAUAUAUUUUCACAAUUUAAAGACAGAAUAUAUCAAAUAUAAAUUGAUAAAAUGACAUUUUAAAAUGUAACAUUUAAAAAAAUCUUAUUGUUGUAUUAUUUGAUUUUUAGAAUUUAAUAUAUAAAAUCAACCAAUGAUUAUAUUUAGAAUAAUAAUAUUAACAAUAAUAAUAAUAAUGGAUUGCAUUUAUAAAGCGCUUUACAAUACCACUUUUGAUCCACUC